GUUUCAGCGACACACCCAAACUCUUGGAUUCAAAGCAAAGAUAAAGCCUUUAACAUUUGGCUUGCUCACACCCAAACUAUUCAAGUAAGACUCAUCUGUUUUUCUGAAGAGAGAAGCAAACACUGAAACAAUUAUGUUGGCUUCCAUGGCCAACCAACGAGCCUCUUCUUCCUCUGCUUGCUUCACCAAUUCAUUGAAAAACCAGGUCUUUCUGAGCUUCAGAGGCGAAGACACGCGCCACAACUUCACAGACCAUUUGUAUAACGCUUUAUGUCAACGAGGCAUUAACACCUUCAGGGAUGACGAUGAGCUCAGAAGAGGAGAAGAAAUAUCAAGGGCGCUUCUCACAGCAAUUGAAGAAUCAAAGAUUUCUGUCGUUGUGUUCUCCAAAAACUAUGCCUCUUCAAAGUGGUGUUUGGAUGAACUUGUUAAGAUUCUUGACUGCAAAGAAUCAAAUCAACAACUGGUCAUACCAGUUUUUUACAAGGUGAAUCCAUCAGAUGUACGGAAUCAGAGAGGUAGCUUCGGGGAUGCACUGGUUAACAUGGAGCGCAGAUACAAAGAUAAGAUGGACAAGGUCAACAAAUGGAGGGCAGCUCUUUCACAAGUAGCAGCUUUGUCAGGGUUCAAUUUGGACGAGCAUCAAUCUGAAUCUAAGUUUAUCCAAGACAUCAUUGAAGAGAUUUCAAAACACGUAUUAAACACCGUGUGUUUGGAAGUGGGAGAGCAUCCAGUUGGAAUGCAAGCUCAAGUACAAGUUAUGAAUGAGCUAUUAGAUUUGGGGAAAAGCGAUGUUCGUAUGGUAGGGGUAUGGGGAACUGGUGGAAUUGGUAAGACCACAAUUGCUAAAGCUGUUUAUAAUUCAAUUGCCCAUGAAUUUGAAGGUUGUUGUUUUCUGGCAAACGUUAGAGAAUGUUCAACGUCGCAUGGAGGUUUAGCCAAACUGCAAAAGACUCUUCUUUUUGAGAUUCUAAGGGGGAAAAAAUUGAAGGUGACCAAUGUUGAUAAAGGAGUCACCUUGAUAAAGGAAUGGUUGAGGCGUAGAAAGGUUCUCUUGGUUCUUGACGACGUGGAUGACAUGGAACAGUUACACAAAUUAGUUGGGGCAUGUAAUUGGUUUGGUGUAGGCAGUAGAAUUAUUAUAACAACAAGGGAUAAGCAACUGUUAACUGCUCAUGAUGUUAAUUUAAUACACGAGGUCAAGAGUUUACAUGAUCCUGAAGCUCUUGAGCUCUUGAGUUGGUAUGCCUUCAAAAGAAGUGAGCCUCCUUUGGGUGAUUAUGUAAAACUUGCAGAACGUGCAAUACGCUAUGCUCAAGGCCUUCCUUUGGCUUUGAAAGUUCUAGGUUCUCAUCUAUAUGGUGGAAGUAUACAUAAAUGGCAAGCUGCAUUGGAUGGUUUCCAAGGCACAGAAAUUCAAGAAGUUCUCAAAAUAAGUUACAAUGCCUUGGAUGAUAGAGUGAAGAAGGUUUUCCUUGACAUCACAUGUUUCUUUAAGGGUAAAAGUAGAAACUAUGUGACAGAAGCUUGUGAGCUAAACACUAGAUAUGGCAUUGAUGUACUCAUAGAAAAGGCCCUCAUAAGUGUUGAAGGAAGUCAUAUUCAGAUGCAUGACUUACUAGAAAAGAUGGGUAAGGACAUAAUUGAGCAGGAGUCGCCCACUGAACCCGAAGAACGUAGCAGAUUGUGGUUUCAUGAAGAUGUCGAGCAUGUUCUGACUAAUAACACAGGAACAAAUAAAAUCACAGGCAUCGUGUUAAAUUUCCCCAAACAAGAUGAUGAGAUAUUCUUGGAUAUUGGCACAAGUUUCUCGAAGAUGAAAAAUCUUAAAAUUCUCAUAAACUACAACGUAUGCCUUUCUGGAGACGCUAGAUCUAUCCCAAACAAUUUGAGAGUGCUUGAUUGGCAUGGAUGUCCGUUCCAAUCUUUUCCAGCCAAUUUUCUUCCAAAGCAACUAGUUGUGCUCAAUAUGCGUCGCAGCCGCAUCAAACAACUAGGGAAGGGAUUGAAGCAUUUUAAAAAUUUGGCAUGGUUGAAUUUGGCGGGAUCUCAAUUCCUAACUGAAAUCCCGGAUCUAUCCAGCAGCCCAAACUUAAGGUACUUGAAAGCGAAUCGUUGUACAAGUUUAGUCAAUGUUCAUCCAUCUGUUGGAUAUCUUGAUAAACUUGAAAUAUUGGAUUUUUAUGACUGCCAUAAACUCACGAAGUUUCCAAGAAAAGUUGCGUUGAAAUCUCUGAUAAUUUUUCGUCUUAAAGGUUGCAUAAAGUUGGAGAGUUUCCCAAAAAUUGUGGGCAAAAUGGAAUCCUUAUAUUUUUUGGACCUUGAGAGAACUGCCAUAAAAAAGUUGCCUGAAUCAAUUGGACGUCUCAUUGGGCUGGAAGAAAUGAGAUUAUCUGAAAGUGCUAUAAAAGAGUUGCCUUCAUCAAUUGGAAAUCUCACUGCCCUAGAAGUUUUACAGUUAGGUGGAAGUGCUAUAGAAGAGUUGCCUUCAUCAAUUAGAAAUCUCACUGCGCUUCAACGAUUAAAUUUAGAAGGAUGUGAAAACCUUGCAAAUCUGCCACAAUGUAUUUAUGGGUUGCAAAAGCUGGAGUAUAUUAAUCUCAAUCGGUGCCCAAAACUUGUCACAUUUCCAAACAACUUGAUCUCUGAAGUUUUAUCGAGUUCAGAAUCACUUCCUUUGGAGAUUCGAACCAACGCAAAUAGUCCACGCGAUGGCGACUUCGCAAGGCGGAGGAGAUUGGAUUUUGAAGAGUGCAAUGUAUCAGACAUUGAUUCCUUGGAGAAUUUUUGUCGUUGGUCCAACUUAAAGAAAAUUAGUCUAUCCAAAAGUAAUUUUGUCUGUCUUCCUGUGUGCAUUAGCGAAUGUGUUAACUUAAAGGAGUUUGAUUUGAGGGGUUGCAAGAGGCUUGUAGAAAUUCUAGUACAACUUCCAGCGUCUAUAAAAUGGGUUCACAUGAGUGAUUGCAUAUCACUGGAAAGAUUUUCAACAAUGUCAAAGAUAUUGGAAGACGGAGACAUGCAAGGCAUUAGUUACAUGGACUUGUCUAAUUGCCAUAGGCUAUGCGAUAAUCUAGGAUUGGACGUUUCGAAAAUGGCAAAAUUAUUUAAUGAGAUGAAGUUUCGUGGCAAUGCAAGGAUUGUCUUUAGACUACCUGGCAGUAGCAGUAAAGUUCCAGAAUGGUUCACUUUUCGUAAUUACCUUGAUGACUAUGAUGAGAGUAAAUUUGAUAACCUUGAUCAUGAUGGCAGGAGUGUUCGUAAUUACGAACUUCCUAUUGAAAUUCCUUCGACAUUGGAUAACGCAAAAUUGGUUUUGUGUGUUGUUUGGGAAAUUACAGAAUCAUUUGUUAGCCCUUGUUCUCUUGAAUUUGCUUUUCAGAGUCAUCGUCGAGAUGAAUGGCGUGUGUAUGGAGGAGAGACGGAGGCAGGAAAUGUAUGGCUGGAAUGUAUGUCAUUAGUUCCGCGUCGGGGAAAUAUUCCAUUUGAGCCGUCUACGUGGGAUACGUUUCGAGGUACUAGUACGUGGUUGGACUGUAUCCCAUUAUUUCUUGAUAAUCAAUUAAUGCCGCCUAUUUUUCGAGUUACUGUUAGCGGCAAAGGGUUGCGCGUCAAAAGCAUUGGGGCCCACUUGGUUCAUAACAGUAUGUCAAGGGAUUAUAAUGUUUAUUAUCCUGGCAAACAUAUCGAUGAAAAUGGAUUAGAUGAUAUUUACCUCUAUUUUGCCGACCGCCUCCUCGAAUUUGUCUGUACAUCGACCAUGGAUCAAAACGACAUAACCAAGACUAAAAAACGACACUGCUCAAAUUGAAUCAGUUCCAAAAACCCUUCGCGCGACCUUUCAUCUUCAACUACUGCAACUCAGCCGAUAGUUCCACACUGAGCAGCGACGACGACGACGAGCAACGACGACGACGAGCAACGACUGACGACGAGCAGCAACGACGACGAGC